AUGGCAAGCCCGUUGCUGACCCCGGAACUGGAGUACCGGGAUUACAAGAAAGAAGAUGACGAGUCUUGCAAAGCUUUGGAGAUGAGAGCAAUGCAAGGCUCGCGCUACCCCUGGCUCCAAAAGUUUACUCGAGUGUUUAUCCGGGCUGGAUUUGAGCAUUUCCUGACCUUCGAUGCCAAGCCACAGCAGUAUGAGGACCAUAUCAUAAGGGUAGCAGAGGAUCGGUCAAACGGUGGGCGCAUUGUUGGCGUUGGCUGUGCGGCCUUGAAGACUGCUAGAAUCCAUUCCAAGAUGAGCAAAGUGGCGUACAUCUUUGAUUUGCGAGUUGAUGAGGAGUACCAGGGCUGUGGAAUCGGCAAGGCUUUGACGGAGCAAAUUGAGGAAGGCUGUGCAGCCAAAGGUGCCAGCUUCCUCUAUUUGACUGUCAAUUCGGACAACACCAAAGCAAAGUCCCUCUAUGCCAAACGAGGCUUCGUGCACGCCAGCCACAGAAGUCCUGCACUUGCUCUUUUGGCCUUUCCUGACUUGGAGGACAGCGUGAACUCCGUGGAAGUUGUUGGCAAGGAGGCAGCUAUCAAGUUGACCAGCAGCUUCUACUCCUCUGCAGACUUGUUCUUGGAGAAGCUUGAUCAGCUAUUUGAUUCUCCGCUAUAUGAGGGUACCUUUGUUGCCCGCAAGGGCGACAGCAUUGCUGGUGUCAGUGCAUGGAACGGAAGCUCGCUGACUGGCUUCAAGAUUGAACGCAUUUUUCUGCCAAUUUCCUGGUGGAGGAGUCCGAUCUUCCAUGUUGUUCUUGUUGGCGCUGGAAUUUGGGCAGCCUGGAGAUGGGCUGUAGCUGUGCAGGCCACAGGGCGCUCAGCACUAGAAACACGGAGUGUAUUCACGAGCAUAUGGUUCCUAGCAAUGAUAGGAAUUACCUUUGCCGGAGCCGCCUUGCUUUUCAGAGCCUGGCCGGUCAUAAGUUUCAUUGGCAGCAAGGUGGGCUCUGACAAUACCAAGAUGAGACAUAGGCUGUUUGGACCUUUCGCUUUUGGACCCACGUCAGAUCAAGAAGAGCUGAUGCGGGCGGUGGUGAGUAGGGCCCAUAACGUGGCCCGAGAGGCAGGAUAUGCCAUGUCAAUUUGCAAUAUGGAUGCUCGGCAUCCACUGAGGCCAUUCUUCCCCAGCAACAAGUUCAGCACAAUCUUUAUGUACAAGCCAGUCGAAGGCAAAGAAUUGGAAAGCUUGCCUCCCUUGACAGCAGACAACUUCUUUGAUCCCAGACGCUGGGCUAAGCCAACACUGGACAAUGGCGAUGAUAAAGACGGUGCAAAGUCCAAGGACGACUCCAAAGCGGAAGACGGUACUGCCACCCCUGAUUGGUGGAGAUUAGAGAAGUCCAAACUUUUGGACAAGAAGGAGCAAUCCAAAAGAGAAAAAGCUCUCGAGGAGGAAAUGAAGCAGAUUGAAGCCAAGGAGGUGAUGAAAAAGGAGGAAAGAAAACGGAAGGCCCUGCUCGAAGCCGAGAAAAGAAAGGUUCAAGAGGCCUUCGAAAAGCGAAAGCGAGAGGCAGAGCAGCAGAAGCUCAAAGAAGAAGAAGAGUGGCGACAAAAGCUUAGAGAGCGAAGGGAAAGAGAGGCGAAGGAAGAAGAGGAGAAAGAGCGUGAGAGAGAAGCGAAAAGAGAAAAGAAGCGGCAAGAAAAAGAGAAAAAAAGGAAAAUUGAAGAGGCGGAGGAAUCCAAGAAGAGGCAAGCAAGAGAAGCCGAGGAGAAGAAAAAGAGGGAAGCUGAAGAGAAGGAGAAGGCCAAGCGAGAGGCAGCAGAAGCUGCAAAGGCGCAAGCCGAAUCCGCGCGGCUCCAAGCCGAAAUUAUGCGGCAGCUUCCAGCGCAAGGGCUCAUGGGUAUGGCUCAGGCAGCUCAGGCUGCAGCAUGGCAGCAACAAGCCCUGCCGUUGGCAAUGGCACAGGCAGCGCAGGCUGCCCAGGUGCAAGCAGCAGGUGCUUUUGGCUGCCAAGGCUGCCAGGGUUGCGAUGGAUGCUUCGGCUGCAAUGGCUGCAUGGGUGCUAUGCCCUGGGGGGCGCAGGCUGGUUCCUUUGGCGAGCCAAGUGCUGGUGCCUUUGGAGCAGGCAUGCCUUCGGCCUGGCCACAAUGA